AUGUUGCUGAAUACUAUAAAGACAGAGGACGUCACCGACUCUCCUCACUCAGUGUCCUCAGUGAAGACAUGUCACCUGACUCAGAGCUCACCUGUCCACGGGGGACAGCUGAGUGGGGAGCUCACCUCACUCCACCCCAUGCAGCAGCUGGUCCUGAUGCCACCGUCUCACCUGUCCUCUCCAUCCUCCUUCCUGCUCUCCCAGAGUCCCUCCAGUCAUCAAGCCCUCCUGCAGCCGAACCUGCUCUCUCUCCCGACCCAGAGUCAACCUGGACUUCUUCCGCACCAGUCUGGACUUGCUCUGACUCCACAGGCUGUGAGCCGUGCCGGUUUGGUAGGACCGUCCAUGGAGAACCACAUGGACAUGUCCCACCUGCAGAUGCCCAAACACAUGUCGGUGGCGCCACAGGAAGAACCAAAUGAUCUGGAAGAACUGGAGCAAUUUGCCAAAGCGUUCAAACAAAGACGCAUCAAGCUGGGCUUCACUCAGGGUGACGUGGGCCUCGCCAUGGGAAAACUGUACGGAAACGAUUUCAGUCAGACCACAAUCUCUCGAUUUGAAGCCCUCAAUCUCAGCUUCAAAAAUAUGUGCAAGCUCAAACCUUUGCUGGAGAAAUGGCUGAGUGAUGCAGAGAACUCACCUUCUGACUGUAUGAGCACCUCGACCUCUCUGCCACCUCUGAUCGAAGGCUACGGGCGCAAAAGAAAAAAGAGAACAAGCAUAGAAACAAACAUAAAGCUGACUUUGGAGAAGCGUUUCAUUGAUAACCCCAAACCCAACUCGGAGGAGAUCACCCUGAUCUCAGAGCAGCUCUCCAUGGAGAAGGAGGUGGUCCGAGUUUGGUUCUGUAACCGUCGUCAGAAGGAAAAGAGGAUCUACUGUCCAGUGGCUACUUUACCAGUCAAAUCUCACAGCUACAACUCCAGAAUGGCCUCAACCUCCAGGUCCUACAGCCCUCUGGCCUUAGGUGGAGUUUCAUCAAAUUCUUCCCCCAACAGCGGGAGUCGAGAACCGUCUCCCAACGGUUUGUCCUCGGCUUCGGUUGCUCUGACCUCUCAGGUCAACCCCGCCUCCUACACCACGCCAGGGUCUUGGUAUCGUGCUUGGAAUUCGGCCGCGUAUCAUCACUGAGAAACACGAACUGUACCAUAUGAAUCCAUUGAAGAUUGUUGGAUUUGAAAUGAAUGAAGAUUGUGUAACUAACUCAGGGUUACGACUACAGGCUAAACCAUCCCAACACUCAUAAAACAACACAAGAACACGAGCCAAAGUCUGCAAAACCAUCAUCGGAUCAAGUCCCUGAGGCCUGGUGUUGACUUUUUAUAUAAUCCAAAAGAUGAAGGACAAAAAAAAACCAUCAAAACACAGAUGGAAGUUUUCAUGUUUGAGAAGCUCAAGACUUAAAUUAUUUUAAAUGUUGAAGGAUUCAACUCCUGCUUUAGCUGUAUUUAAAUUGGACUAGAAAACCUUUCUGUUGCUGUUAUCAGUCUUCAUUUACUGUGGUUGUUUAUUGUUUAUACUAGUGUGAAAAUUUACAAUAUAAAGAAUUCAAAAUGAUACUUUGGCAAAAUAUCACAAAAGCAUCCGCUCACAUAAUGACGGGUUUAACUGCUGGCCAUUUUAGUUUAUUUUAGGAAUAAAGAACAAUCUUUUAAGGACAAUUAGGUUCAUAAUUCUGUAGAGGAGCAAUAAUCAGAGGUCUCAGGUUUCAACUUAGAGCUGUUUUACAUCUAAUCCCCGUCAGUUAAACGUAACCAAAACACCUCAUGUGGACCAAAGACCCCUGAGGACAUCCAGGAGGGAUUGAUUUGCAUAGCAGUUCAGCCCAGCCCAGCACCCAUCUUCUUCUUUUAGUUUUGAUUUGGGAAAUCUCCACGGAUGGGCAACUGUUUUUUAAUUCAUCCAUAAUUUCCUUAUUUGUCGUCGGAUCAUAGAGACACAGAUCCAAAUGAGGAUACAUAAACCCUUACAGUGGGUUCUGAGGCAUCCUGAACCAGCUCAGCUGAUGAAGACGAGCUGGACCCCCUCCUUUGUAGGAUCUUCUUCUUCUGGUCUUAAUUCAUUUCUCAUGACCAUAGAAGUAAAUGCAGAGCUUUGCCUUUUGGCUCAACUACUUCUUCACUGUGAAAGGCCGGAACGACGCCGUCAUUACUGCAAAUGAGACCUUGGUCUGUCGAUCUGUCUCCGGCCCACCGUCACUCGUGAAAAAGACUCCCAAAUACCAGAACUGGUCUGAGUCAAAGACUUCCUCCUGGACCAGCAGCCUCAGACGUAGAAGAAAUGCCAAAAGCUUAUUUUUUUUAAAAAAGUGGUUCUUUUGUAAAAAAUAAAAUAAAAUAAAAUAAAUUUUGUGCUUUUUCAGAAACAAUAGAGGGAAGAAACAUUUCCCCACGUUAAAACACUGAAAUCAACUGUUUUCAAAGAGAGAAUAUCUUUUUUCUGUUUAAAAUCUUCAUCAACCCAUUUAAUUUUUAUGUUUUUAACAUUUCCUGUCUAAAGCACUUACUGCUUUAAGUUUGAAUCUAAAUGAUUUAGCUUUAUGCUUUUUUUCUAAAUUUUACCAGUUUAUAAAACC